GUCAUCGUUGCAGUGUUUAGUGAGCUUAACCAUUGCCUGGAAUGGCUCAAACUGUUUGCAGACUGCCUUUGGUGAUGCUGGCCCUGAGGAGAAGGCCUGAAAUGUUUAUUAAGUGAUAAUAAAGCUGCUGAAAGAUGGCAACAGAAGUAAUCACAAACCUGCCCUCACUAGCUCCAGCUUCUGGGGCUGUGGAUAAAUUUCCAUUAUUGCAAGAACCAAAUGAAGAUGAGAAGCAAAGCCAGAUAUAUCCAUUUAUUAAUCCCACCAAUGCCUUUGUAUUCCGAGAAAAAGUGAAACGACAACAAAAGGAAUUACUAAGUGCUCAAAGUGGCCCGGGUUAUUUGAGAAGCACCUUCACAUCGAGAAGAAAAUCUUUUUCUAGCAGCUGGCGAAGAUUUGCCUUGGAACAACAGGAUGAAGACAAGAAAAAUGAAAAACCCAAGCCUGUGUGUUUUGUUAAAGAUGGAUCCACUGAUAAAGCUGGAUUACAAGAGUACAUUCAACAACAGCGACAACUAUUCUUGAUACAGUACUUGAAUUUGUUCCUGAUCAGGGCAGAAUCUGAUCUUGAAGAAAAGCCGAUGGACAUCAAGCCCAAUGACAGUGCGCUGGAUCAGGAGCUGUAUUUUAAGGACCCACAGGAAAUCUUGGACAUUUUCUUUAAUUUGGAAGAGCAGAUAGUUUCCCUUCUCCAACAUUGUCGUGAAGCUGAGGAGGACAUCGACCGAAUUAAUCAGAAAAUGGCUGCAACACAGGAAGCUAUGAGGAUUAAAAUAUUCUGCCUGAAGAAUCAGGUGAAACAGUAUGAGGACACUAUUGAGAAAGUGCAAAAUGCAACAGCAGAUGUUAAGUUUCAGGUGAAGAUGUUCUCAUGGGGAGAUUCUACAGGAGAAGAUGAGAAAAAUGCAUUUCAACAGUUGGAUCAGGGCCUCAUGAAGCUGCAUCAGAUGUGCUUUAACGACAGCCAGGUGCCAGAGGAUAUUUUUCAGAAGCUGAAGAACGUUGAGGGUGAGAUCCACAGGCUGUUAGAUUGUAUUGACGCAGCCGCAACAGCGAAGACCGUCAGCAGCAUCCUGAAGAGAAAACAGAAAGAGACUGCAGAGAGGUUGCAGGAAGAAAUGAUGUCUCAUAUAAAAAGCUCAAUGGAAGAAAGGAUUAAACAUCGACGGGAGGCAGCACUAAAAGAUACACAGAAACGGUUGGGUCGAAAGCUGGUGUAUCGCUCAGAGCCCGUCAAAGACAAAGCGAAAGGGAAAAAUGCAGCAAAUUAUGAAAUUGAGGAGGUCAAUGAAGAAGGGUCCUUUUUCAAUUAGGGUCAAGGGUCAAACCUCAUUACAGAGCCAUCAGACUGCUUUUUGUGUCCUGUAAAUUAUUUAUUGAUAUUCAACUAUUCAUUGUUAAUGUUGAUAGCAUAGAUAUUGCUGGAAAGUCGCUGUAUUGCUGUUCCACAUCUACUGUUCUUAUACACAGUUCCACUUGAGGUCGAAAGGCACAAGAUCUUGUGAGGACACAUGUUGCAGGACACCUGACUUUUUUUUCUAUACCACAUUGUGUGGUUGUAUAUACUACUGCCCAUUUUUAUUGGAGUGAGAACUAAAAUCUUUUAAGCUAGGAUUGUCCAAUAUACUAGCCACGUGCUACUUACUGGCAGUCUAGCCAUAACAACUAUUUAAACAAAAUUGACAGUAGGGCACUGUUACUGGGAAGCCAGUCUCAAUACUAUUUGAGUGUUGUCUUGAUCAUUGUAAAUGCUUUAAGUCAAGAUUGCCCUGAGGCCUCCUGCAAUACAUUUCUGAAAACAAGUCAGGAGAAUUAUGGCAACAUUGUUAUUUCCAAAGGAAAAGCCGAGAUUGCAGGUUUUAUUUAUCGUGCUGAGUGCCUUUCCUGUCUAGGAUAUUGACUGAAACUGUAGAUGUUGGACUAAAUACACAUAAAAUAGCUAGAUUGUGUGUGUAUGUCUGUACACACCAGGUAUAUCCAUGAAAAUUACUACAAAUUACCCUUACUACAUGUAGCUAGCUGAUUAACUACUCAAUAACACUGGAUUAAAGCAGUGGGUGUCCUUUACUGACAUGUGCAUAUCUUAAAAGAGAUCAUGGGAAUUUCUUUAAAACAUUAGUACAAGUUGCAGGGCUCUUCCGUGUUUUAAAACCUGGAAUGAAUUGAUUCUUUUCCAUUUACUAAGAUGGUUAUUCUAAUAAAUUGGCAUUUGUUGAGGAAAUGGUGGUAGUGAUAAUAUGAAGUGACACUGACACUUGGGUACACCUGGUAAAGCUGUUCCAGUGAUAUCCUCUCUGGCAUCUCUUCUUUCUAGUUUCGAUUUCAGCAUCCUAUUUUUUCCUUGUCCUGAGUGACUAAUGGCUUAACUUUCCUAAAUGUUUCACUCACUCAUGGGGGAAUUUUCCAAUAUCAGCAUUGAUUGCUCACAGGUAGGUACAGAAUGGCCUUUUAAAAAGUUCCAACUCCUGCUCUUCCAAAAAAGUGAGCUAGAACAGCCUUCACAAACAUUAAUCUACUAGAACUUUGCUGAUUUUCUGAUAACUAUGGUCCUUGAUGCUAGGCUAUGUCCUUCACAGCAGAGAACAGGAAAACACAUCUUCUCAGGGUCCAAAUGCAAAUCUUCCUCUGCUGUGUCCCUUCACUUCCAAUUAUUGUUAAAUAAACUGUUUCUCUAAAAUCUGCUGUAGAAAUACAAAUUUGUUA